AUGAGUACAUUAAAGCAGAAAUUUCGAAACGUUUUUUCGUGGCAGCACGAUAUUUACGAUUUCGAACCUGUCGCUACAGAACCUAACAGUACUGUGCAACCUUCAGAUAUCCCCAAAAAAGAAAUUAAAACAAAUCGAUUCCUGAAAGGAACCUCCUCAAAACCCACGAUAGUGUCUAAGAAAGGAGGUACCAACCAAACUGCGAAAAUCAAUAAAAAGCGACUAAACCAAGUAAAUAUAGCUAGAAAUUCAUCGGUAACUUCGGCGCAGCUAAAUGCUGCUGUUCCCCUAGUGAAUAUUCGACGGGCGCCAUCAGAUAGAUCUGUCCUAUCAGAGUUCGACAGACAGCUGCCACCUAGAACGCGGCCGGGAGCAGUUACUCGUCCUGCAACGGUAGCUACUCUGGGAACAUUAUCAUCAGCCGUUCAAUCCGUCACAUCAAAAAUAUCGAGCCGUGAAACUUCCUCUAUUUCUUCCACACUACCAAAUACCGCACAAACAGGGAUAACCGUUCUACGUAAAGCUCCUCCGGCUCCGGUAGAUAACAACGGUGAUAGUGAAAGAUUGUUUCUACGUACACCUAAAAAACAACAACCAGGAUCACCUACUACUCCAAACCGAGCCUCAGUUAAGCGAAAACCUUUGCUGAGUGCAUUCGGAAGGCAAAGAGGCCAAGGUCCGUCGGGACCGAAACAUCAGUCACAACAGCCGGCAUCUUCCGCGGUCGGGUCUGGCCAUGCCGAAGGUGCCACCGGUGGUGGCCUGUCGGCAAAUGGUGGCGCCCUGCUGAAGAGUGCCGCGUCCGUAUCGAGUUUGGAUUAUUCCGUUGUCUCCAAACCCGCGCAAUCUGCCCGUGGAACCGGUGGGCAACGGUUCAACGGAUCGAAGGAAAAGUUGGAUCACUCGCAUCAUCAUCACCAUCAUCAUCAGCACCAUCAUCACCAACAGCAGCAACAGCAGCAGGCACAGCAGCAGCUUUUGUACACUCAGCAUCACCAUCCGAAUAACCAGCACAGCAGGACGGCAUCAGCACAGAUAGCGCAAAUGGCGACCGUGUCAACGAAUCACCUGAACAAGCUGGCCUCAGGAGGUCCACUGGGUGUUGGAGAUGACGGUGGGCAUCUCCACGAGCGUGCCGUGGACGUUGCAAGUGGCAUGAGCGCAAGCAUGGAACAGCUGACCGCUAUCAAUUUCGUAGGCCCGGAAAUGGGGGCCUCGAACCGGAAGGAGCACACCCAAGCGUCUCCCAGCACGAACGGUCGUGUGGUCGAGCUGCAGGUACACCUUGAGAAGCUGCAAAGCGAAAACCGCCAGCUGGAGGAGAAGAUGCACGAGAUGAGCAGCGGCCAGGAUGAGCUGUUGCUGUUGCGUGACGAAAUCGUAAAGCUAAAGACGUUGCACGAGCACAGCACCGGCGAGCUGCACCGGUUGCUGAACGAGAACGAAUCCCUCCGGGAUCGGCUGAAAAGUGUCGUCCAGUCACCGCUGUCGGAUUCCGAAAAGCAGCAGCUCAUACGCAACACACAACGGUUGCACAGUUCCGCACCGGCAUCGAUCGCGCUUCCGAAUAUCAUGGAUGCCGAAGGAACACCGUGCGUUACGCCCGACUGGGAUAAGCAAUCGUCUAGCAGCGAGAUAGCAGUGGCGUGUUUGCAGGAUAAAAUUAUUCAGAUGGAAGAAACACACUACUCGACCAACGAGGAGCUUCAGGCGACGCUUCAAGAGUUGGCUGAUUUGCAAUCACAAAUAAUGGAGCUGCAAACGGACAACGAGCGGCUCGUGGAGGAAAAGGACGUCAUUUUUCAAUCGCUUUGUCGGCAGACUGAAAAGCUUGAAGAUUCGCGUACACAGAUUGGCACGCUGCAAAACCUAUUGCUGCGUGAACCGAAUCAGCAGGACGUGACGCCGACCGAUCGCGAACAGAAGCUGGUCGAUCUGUUAAAAAGUGCCCAGGACGAGCGGGAAGGCUUGAUGUUGAAACAAGAAGAAACAAACGCUGAGGUGAACGAGCUGAAAGGAAUCAUCGACGAGAUUACUGGCCAAGUGUCACGGUCCCUGGCUCGGAUCAGCAUGCUUGAAUCGUCCCUCGAAGCGGCAAACGCCGAAAAGAAGGAUGUUAACGGUCAGCUUAUGGAAUCGAAGCAAGAUUCUUCCGUAAAACUGAUAGAAAUCAGUCGAUUGACCACGCUGCUUGAGAACGCCCGGGCUAAGAUUGACGAACUCGAGCAGGACCGUGCGAUGGGUGAUAAAACGGAUCUAGAGGAGCUGCUGGAUGUUGCGCGGAAGGAGAAAGACCAGCUCGAAACGCAGGUUGCGUCGUUGCAGGAGCAGGUUUCCAUCAGCCAGUGCGAAAUUCAGAAGCUUAACGAACAGCUUGCCCGACUGAACGAAGAGUGCAAAGUCGUGCGCAAUAACGCCAAAUGUCUCAUCUCAGAUUUGGAAUACAAGAAUGAAACCGUAACGCAGGAGAAACAGAAAAUUGCAGCCGACUGUCAGCAGUUCCAAGAGUCUAUCAACGAGCUACAGGUUCAAAACAAAUGCCUCCUGGAGGACAAAUGCCAGCUGGAAACGCUGCUAUCGGAAACGCAGAAGCACCUCGGUGAAACCGAGCGCCAGCUAAUGGAAAAGACUGAGCAACUAAACCAAGAAACAAGACUUUGGAAACAGGAAGCAGACGAGUGGCAACACUUUCAAUCCGACCUGCUGAUGACGGUGCGAGUGGCGAACGAUUUUAAGACUGAAGCACAAAACGCGCGCGAAAAGCUAGCCCUCGACAAUAAGGCCCUGCGCGAGAAGGUGCGCGUGCUCGAGCAACAGAUGGACCAACUAAACAAGCAACCGUUCAAUGGUAUCGACAGUGCAAACAAUGUGCAGUUGAGUUAUGAACGCCUAAACGUUCUCAAGCAGGAUUUGUGUGCCUCGGUUGAGAAUUUGAACAGUUUCGGUCGGAAUGUGGACGAAUUUUCACAUCGAGUGGAGUUGCUUCGAAAGCAAAUGAGCAACUUUCCUCUAGAUAGAAAACCGCCUCCUUCAACUUCAUCCGUAAGUGUGGCAAACGAUAUGGCCAAACCACAAGGAACCAAAGACAGCGCAGUGCGUGCUGGCAGAUCAAGGAAUGAUACUGAUUCGGAUGAGCCACCUCCGCUACCGAAGACGGAACCACCAAAGAUGGUUGUUCGAUUUGCUGAUGAUUACUCCAGCGCAAGCGAAGAACCAUCGGAUAGCUUCGACUACAGCGAGUCAGAAAACGAUGAACCGAAGGAGGUUAAUAUUGCAACGCGAAAAUCAACACCAUUCCAAAACUCUGACGAUAACUAUUGGAACAAGAUGCCACCGUCGGGGAGUAGUAGCUCGGAAGUAAACGAAGCGAGUGCAACAAGCGAUGGAAGCGAUGGAAGUGAUGACGAUCUUUCCCAAGAAAUUGGUGAAUAUGAGCUGAUGAAUCCACCUGCAUUUCGGCCGAUCACAACGCUCCAAAGUACAGAAAAUUUGUCCCAAAGUUCGUUCGGUUUGUUGAAACCAAUUGCGCGAUUUGCGUCGAAAAGUACGCAAGAUUUGCGCUCUUCUAUGCAGGAUGACGAAAUGUAUUACGCGCAGCAUAAGCAUCGGCAUCGAGCCAUCAACUUGGCAGACUUUGGUUCCGGUUUGCUGUACUCGAAGAGCACGAAUGAUCUUAUCCUGCCUGACAUCGAUGGAUUAGCGCAGCACAAGGCUUCGUGCAAUUUGAGUAAAUUUCGCCGGUUUCGCUACGAACGUUCGACCAGUGGUUCCAGUUUGAAUAAUUUAGCGAAAGUGGAUCGUCAGGAGGUGGCUGUUCGUAAAGAGGCGCAAGAAAAGACCACGGCAAAAGAUAAUUAUGCAAACGAUGGUUUAAAUUCGAACCUGAGUUUAUUGCACAUUAAAAGUCGACCAGAUGAACCGCCUAAACCCGCGGACAUGGAGUUGCACACGAGUGUGAAAAGAUCGAACGAAAAGAAAAAAUUCGAAGUUAAACCACAACCCCUACCGCGAACGGACAGUAAUUCAAACGAACGCAAAACGAUCGUAUACGUAAUAGACGAUCAAACUAAUCAGUUUGUGCUGGAGGAAGAGCUUCUUAGACGCAAACAAGAGCGGGCGAGACAAGCCCCAAUCUGGCAGGCACCUGCUGGUUCAAACACCAAAUAUAUUCCGAGUUCCGACUAUCAUCCAGCCUCCGAGAGACUGUACGAAAACAUCCCAUAUCGUAAAAGUAUAGUAGACAAAAAUGUUUCCCUUAGGCAUGAUUCCAUGCUGUCAUCUAAAGAUGCACAAAAUUCUCUCAUCACAACCGUGCAACAGGAAAUGGCCGUACGGCGGCAGCAAAAAUCGGCCAUCCAGCGGCAAGAUUCGAGGCUAUCGGUAAAGAGUCUCAUCGAGAGUAUUGAAAAUUCAGCAAAACAGACCAAAUUAAAUAGUGAGUCACGAUGCAGCUCCAGUUGCAGCAUCAACAGCAUUCCGGCUGACAGCGAUCCUACCGUUGUUGCAACCAAACAUUCCUCUCUUGGCAGUGCGAACGACAACGCUAACAAUAACAACAACAACAACAACGAAAAGGACAGUAUCAGUAACAGCAAGGGUCACGUUAAUGGCAAUAGCAACGAUGAAAAUAACGUUAUCCAAAUUCCCGUACAGACACCGGCCAGCGUGCAAACCGCAUUGCCAGCCAAAAGUCCCCUGCGCGAGCAACAGCAACCGACCGUGGGAAGCAAUUUAAACAGCAAUUCCAAACCUACCGCCCUAGCAGACACAGUAAUAUUGAUGAAAAAAUCGAAUCUCAUCACCAGCAACAAUGGUUGCAGUGCGCCGUUAAAUCCUGCAAUUAUUUCUCAUAAAACGAUGGAUAAUGUGCGACGAAAUAGCUACAACGACACAAGCGAGCGGAAAGAUCCGCUGAAUGCGCUGGUGAAAAAUGGAGGCUCCAAACGCAAUGCACUGCUAAAGUGGUGUCAAAACAAAACGGUAGGAUAUCGGAAUAUCGACAUUACCAAUUUUAGCUCCUCGUGGAACGACGGUUUGGCUCUGUGCGCCAUCAUGCAUUCCUACCUUCCCGAUCGCGUCCCGUACGAUAAGCUCAACCAGAACGAUAAGCGACGCAACUUUAGCCUAGCGUUUACGGCCGCCGAAAGUGUUGGCAUUCAGACGUCCCUGAGCAUUGACGAGAUGUGCCUCGAAGAACGACCCGACUGGCAGCAGGUUAUGAGCUACGUGACGGCCAUCUAUAAGCAUUUCGAAACAUAGACCAUCAACGCAACUGUGCAUUCCAAUUGCAUAUUUUACCAUUUUUUACCGUAAAGGCCUUUGAAAGUCGUCUACGCAAAGCGCUGCCGCCAUCAACGCUGCUGCAGCUAUCGGACAUCGCAUUCCUGUAUGGUCCGCUUCUUUUUUUUAUUUGUUAUUUAUUUUAUUAGAUAAACAUUCUCAAAAUGAUUUGCUAUUUAAAAUGGAAAACUAUCGAUGUUGUUGAAAUGUAUAUACAAUGAGGAAA